AUGCAGCCCAGGGGUCGAAGUUCGGUCAAUAUGCAGAGCAAGAGUCAAGGUUGGGACAGUGUACAGAGCAAGAGUCAAGGUUGGGGCAGUGUACAGAGCAAGAGUCAAGGUUGGGGCAGUGUACAGAGCAAGAGUCAAGGUUGGGGCAGUGUACAGAGCAAGAGUCAAGGUUGGGGCAGUGUACAGAGCAAGAGUCAAGGUUGGGGCAGUGUACAGAGCAAGAGUCAAGGUUGGGGCAGUGUACAGAGCAAGAGUCAAGGUUGGGGCAGUGUACAGAGCAAGAGUCAAGGUUGGGGCAGUGUACAGAGCAAGAGUCAAGGUUGGGGCAGUGUACAGAGCAAGAGUCAAGGUUGGGGCAGUGUACAGAGCAAGAGUCAAGGUUGGGGCAGUGUACAGAGCAAGAGUCAAGGUUGGGGCAGUGUACAGAGCAAGAGUCAAGGUUGGGGCAGUGUACAGAGCAAGAGUCAAGGUUGGGGCAGUGUACAGAGCAAGGGUCAAGGUUGGGGCAGUGUACAGAGCAAGGGUCAAGAUUGGGGCAGUGUGUGCAUAAAGGGUCGAGGAUGGGCCAAUAUGAAGAACAGAGGUCAAGAUUGGAACGGUAUGAACAAAGGUCAAGGCUGGGACAAUCUGAACAACAAAGGUCAAGGCUGGGACAAUCUGAACAACAAAGGUCAAGGCUGGGACAAUCUGAACAACAAAGGUCAAGGUUAG